AAAGAGUCACAUGGGAUGAGAUAAUCUGAGCUCAGACUGGAGAAAGGUGCAUUUUAAAAACAGGAAAGGGUUUGGAAUAGGUAAGUCGAAAUAUUAUGAAAAAAAGUUGGAAUAAUACCAGUAAAGUCAUAAUAAUCUUAGAAUAAAUAUGACAAAACGUCUUGCUAUUAUGAGGAUAAAGUUGUUAUAAUGUGAGAAAAACAGUCGAAAUAUCAGAAUAAAGUCAGACAAUAAGGUCAUACAACAAAUGUCAAAACAUUACAAUAAAGUUUAAACGUUACGAGAACAAAGUCGUAAAAUGGUAGCAAAACGUCGUAAUAACACCAUAAGUCACGACAUCAGCAGAAUGGUCAUAAUAUGAGAUUAAAGUCAAAAUUCUGAGAUUAAAAUAAGAAUUUUAUUACUAUUACUAUUGGUGGCCCUUAUCCUCUUCUGUAUAUACAUACUUCAUAAAAAAUCAAUGACUGUGUACAAAUAAAUGUGAACAAAUGUGAACAAAUUUAAAGAACUAUGAAAAUCUUCCGAUGUGCUGUUCAGUAAAUGUUCUUUAUUAAUCUGAUCAUCAGUCAGUUUGACUUCAAAAUUGGUUAAUUUCCAAGAAAUAAGAAGAUGUGCGAUGAAUCCUGCAAGAAAGCAGAAAGCUACUCUUGGAUCAUGAAAACUGUCAGUGCGCGCAACAAAGAGAGAGAGAAAGAGCGAGAGAGAGGGAGGAAAAUAGAGAGAGAGAUUUUCAGCGGCGGCUGAGCGCUUAAACCGCCCAGGAACAUUUAUCCAGCCAACUGUCUCAUCCGGGUCUUCCUCCUCCUCCUCUGGGUUUAGAGUUGACUUUCCUCUGCGCUUCUUGGAGCGGCAGCAGCAACACAUGCCUGCCUGUGCAGCGGAGCCGCGGCUGUGAUUCAGAGCGCAGCUCCGUCUCCAUCACCGGCUCACCGGGAGGAUGUCCGCCGCGCCGCUCAACAAGUCCCCGCUGUUUUUCCCCCGUUAACCGUUGAUGGCGGCGGAAUGGAGAUAGCCUUGGUGAGUUUUGAGAACGGCGGCGCUAAGGGGAGCGGCGGCGGCGGCGGCGGCAAUGCCGAAGAGAGCUGCCGGAACGCACUGGAGGUCCCUCAGCCGGGGUUUAUUCAAAGUGGACUGGGAGAGGAGUUCGGUAAGGAGCUGAACACCCGGGGGAGUCCCCAGCAGCAGCACCAGCAGCAGCAGCAGCAGCAGCAGCGCAGCCCCUGGAAGAUCAACGACAUGAACAACACUCUGAGCUGCAGCGAGAACGCCAUGGAUGCGCUUUUACGCGCGGACCACAGUCCCCACCUGUUCGACGAGGACAUGCUGGACAUGGACAUGGACACCGAGAGCAACGAGAGGGUCCUCAUCAACAUCGCCGGGCUUCGGUAUGAAACCCAGCUGGGUACCCUCAACCAGUUCCCGGACACUUUGCUGGGAGACCCGGCCAAGAGGAUCAAGUACUUCGACCCGCUCCGGAACGAGUACUUCUUCGACCGCAACAGACCCAGCUUCGACGGGAUCCUCUACUUCUACCAGUCCGGGGGGAAGAUCCGCAGACCCGUGAACGUUUCGAUCGAUGUGUUCGCGGAUGAGAUCCGGUUCUACCAGCUGGGAGAAGAGGCCAUGGAGCGGUUCCGAGAGGAUGAAGGGUUCAUCAAGGAGGAGGAGAAGCCGCUGCCGCAGAACGAGUUCCAGAAGCAGGUCUGGCUCAUCUUCGAGUACCCGGAGAGCUCCAGCCCGGCGCGGGGCAUCGCCAUCGUGUCCGUGAUCGUUAUCACCAUCUCCAUCAUCACCUUCUGCCUGGAGACGCUGCCGGAGUUCCGGGACGAGCGGGAGCUGGCGGUCAGCAGUCGGCUGGACAACAGCACCGCGCCCCGGCCGUCCCUCACCUUCACGGACCCCUUCUUCAUAAUCGAGACCACCUGCGUCAUCUGGUUCACCUUCGAGCUGAUCGUGCGCUUCUUCGCCUGCCCGAGCAAGUCCGAGUUCUCCAAGACCAUCAUGAACAUCAUCGACAUCAUGUCCAUCAUGCCUUACUUUAUCACGGUGGGCACGGAGCUGGCGGAGCAGCAGGGCCAGGAGCACCAGAACGGCCAGCAGGCCAUGUCGCUGGCCAUCCUGAGGGUCAUCCGCCUGGUCCGGGUCUUCCGGAUCUUCAAGCUCUCGCGGCACUCCAAGGGGCUGCAGAUCCUGGGUCAAACCCUCAAGGCCAGCAUGCGGGAGCUGGGUCUGCUCAUCUUCUUCCUCUUCAUCGGGGUCAUCCUCUUCUCCAGCGCCGUGUACUUUGCGGAGGCCGACGAACCGGAGUCCCAUUUCUCCAGCAUCCCGGACGCCUUCUGGUGGGCCGUGGUCACCAUGACGACGGUGGGCUACGGCGACAUGCGGCCGGUGACUGUCGGGGGGAAGAUCGUGGGCUCCCUGUGCGCCAUCGCCGGCGUCCUGACAAUCGCACUGCCGGUUCCAGUCAUCGUCUCCAACUUCAACUACUUCUACCACCGGGAGACGGACCAGGACCAGUCCAGCCUGAAGGACGAGCCCAGCGGGGGGCCGGAGAGCCCAGAGGUGAAGCGCAAAGGCAGCAGGACGUCGGUGAAGUCUCAGGAUGUGGAGAAGAACGAGUCCGACGGCGCUUCGGUGGAGAAGGCGAACAUGAAAGCCAACAGCAGCAUGGACUUCAAGAAAUCCCUUUACGCGUUUUGUCUCGACACGCGGGAGACGGACCUGUAGCCCCGCCGGGUCGGGCUCCUUCUGACCCAUGAACUCGGUUCUGACUAAAACUUUCCUCCCACAUCCAUCAGUGAAUGCAUGCAGCAGAGUGGCCCUUUAAACCUGCAGGAAAACAUGAACUCUGCGGGCUGCAAGAUGAAUUAGUGGGAAAUGGGACAUCAGGCCUCAGCAGAGGAUAAUCAGGGACAAUCAGGACUCUGGAUAAUUACUGGACAUGGCGGAGGAUUAACCACACUCUGUGUACAUAAUGUAGGAAGAGAGAGGGGGAAAAUACUUUAUUACUUCCUACACUUAGUCAUGAUGUUUACAUCAAGCAGAUGUGUACAUAUUCCCCACAUCAAGCUGGAGAUUUUUGGAUUCGGUGUUAAUUUCUUCUCUUUUUUGGAAGGAUAAAAGUCUAUUUUUGAGAUGCAGACACUCAGGUUUUAUGGAAGAGCUGAAAUAUUUUUUUUUCUAACUGAGAGUGGACCUCAGCCUUGUCGUUUGUGUCCGAUUCGUUUAAAUUAAAGAACUUUUUAUUUGCGAGGGGGAAAAUAAUGGACAGAAAACAAAGAACAGGAGCUAAGAAGAGACGACAAAGCAGAAAGGAUGUGGAGAAAUCAACUCCGAAACCAGAGAGUCGAAGCCCUGCCCUCCGACCAUCAGGGGAGUCGAUCGGACCGCAGGAACAGAACCAUCUGCUGCGCUUCCAGUCAGCAUCAACAGUCCUGUUCUUGGAACUCUGUGCCUUCAACCAAAACUCAUCCUGUGUUUUUGGGUUUUUACUUUUCCCUUGGAGCAGCUUUCGGAUGAUUUUUUCUUCCUGACGGAUGAAGGAGGGCCUGGGAAUCGAGCUGCUGUCUGUCUGUGGAAACGAAGAAAAAAGAAAAACAAUCAAACACAUCCAGGAUUUUCAUCUUUGGAUCGUUUUAAUGUGGGUUUUUUCUACAAAUUGUGUCAGUGAUUUACUUCCUAUUGGAGGAAAUCCCUCGCUGUGCAAUAUAAGUCCAUAUUUCUGUGAAGUUGUCAUGUGGAUGUAGAAUCUGGACAAACAUUUUGGUUUAUUUUUGUAAUAAUGUUUUUCUGAUUUCUAUUUUUCUAAAACAAUGUGAGACAGAUGAAGGGGAAAAAAAGAACAUUUUGAAGGAGAACGGAUGCUUGGAUGUGGUUUUUCCUCUGAUAUUCCCCUUUCCAAAGCCAUCAGAGAUGAUGCAUUCAGGGUCACACAGUCUGGGACGGACACAUCAGCUCGUCUCAACUGGAGCUACUUUUUAGGUGAUGUCUUCUGUAAAUUCAGGCGCCUAAAUCUGAAGUGUUUAGUAUUCUCUACCUUUGUGUGGCCUGUUCUUCUUGCUGUCGUUUUGUACCUACAUAUCAAUCAGGAAAUGGGAAGUUAGAAAAAGGAACGAGAAAAGAUGGAAAACACUCUGAGUUCUCAAACAGAGUCUAAAGUAAAUGACAAAAAGCUUGAAGCUGAGUUUACACUGCAUUUAUUUUAAUAUUUCUUUUAGGUUUUUAACUAACUCACAAACUAACAAAAAUAUUUAAAAACAUCCGUAGAAACAUCUGCCUCCACAUGUUAUUACUUUCCUGGAACUUCCAUGUUGCUUUCGUAAAUCCUUAAAGUAAUUUCCUGGAAGACGGUACUUUACAAAAACUUGAAGGUUACUUUCUUGAAACCCUAGAUCUGCAUUUCAGUAAUUAACAUGUUACCUUAUGAUUCUUUAAUAACUUAAGUGUUUUUAAAUUAGAAGAUACUUUUCUUCUACUGUGCUUUCUAGUAAUAUUCAAUUGCAUUUCAUCAAAAGCUACUAUUCUAAAACCUGGGGGUUUCUGCCCUGAACUUGCAAGUUACUUUUCAGUAACAUGUCAUUUUCUGUAAGGUAACAUGUAAGUUACAGGAAAAUAUCAUGUAAGCAGCAGGUAAAAAACAAAUAAAUAGCCUCAUUAAGCACAUUUUGAGUCGCUGGACCAUGCCCUUAAAGUUCUAGAAAGUUAAGAGAACAUAACAUGAAAUCUUGGUUGUUCUCUUUAAGAUACGGUAAAGUAAUCAACAUUCCCAUGAUAAAUAACCUAAAAAUCCCAAUUAAAGUAGCCUGAAAGUGUCAGGAAAGUAAUAAGUAAAUUCUUGAAAUCUGUAGAAAGCACCAUUUAAGAUUCAAGGAAAUAAGCAGUGGUGGGCAUUUAGCUUAUUUGAAAUUGUUUGGCAAAUUUAGUUUCCUCUAAAUUCUAAAGAGCUAAUUUACUUGGUUGUUUUAGUGAACUUUCAGUUGAAUAAACUGAAUUGACAUAUGUCUUGAUGUUUUGGUUAUCGACUGUUAAGAAUUCUCCAAGUAGUUAGACGUUUAUAUUCAUGCUUUUAUUUUGAAGUGAGUGAAGACUGUUUACACAACAGUUCCAUUUCCUCUCCUCAUGUUCUCCAUCUGUGAUGCGGUGCAGCAGUUGAGGUUUAUUCUGUACCCAGAAUGCACCAUAAACACUUUAAAAUCUACUGAUGUCCUGCAUGUUUUCUGACCGAAGUCCUACAGUCAAGUUAGCAACAACUAUAAAAUUUAAAACAUGAGUGAAAUAUCUGCCCCAAAGAAUCACUUUCAGAAGUGAAACCGGAUAAGUAAGUGUGCAAAAACAAAUUUGUCCCAACAGAGGGGGAUAACAUAUGUCAACAUAUUAACAUGGUUGAAUUUAGCGCUAGCAUUAGCUUCUGCUAAAUACUAUUGGUAGUGCUUCAACAUUAGCAGAACUAAUGUUUAUGAUUAGUGCUUUAGGUUUAGUGCCAUAUGCUUGUAUGAACAAAAGUUCUUGUACUGGAGUGUUUUUUUUUUUCAUUUUCUGCUUCAAUAGUUAUGCUAGCAGUUUACAUUUUGAUCAGAUGCAGAUUAACAUGCAAAGACAGUGAAGGCGGGGCAUGUAAAACAUCUGUGCGAAUAGCCCACCACUAUGUGGGUCAUGUUUCUGCUCAUAAUGGAACAAUACUCGAACUUUAUUCAGAUAAUCUGAAACACGUCUUCCACAGAAUGGAAGAAAGGAAGCUUUUUAAUCUAUUACAACACAAUGGAGAAAAUGAGGUUUGAUUCGCAGCUAACAUUAUUUUAAAAAUCUAAGCAAUUUUCAUUAAAAGGGCUCUGUUUGAGAAUUUCCUCCUGUUCUGUUACUUGUCUUCUGUUUUCUGCACUUAUAACCUGUGCUCCAUGUCUCCUUGAUGCUGCUAUCCAUGUCCUGUGUAGAUUGAUGUUCAGCCUAAGUCCUGGCACAACAUCCUCUGUUAGCGCUCCUGCUAUGUUUUUACUGGAUCCUUUGAUUUGAUCAUGAAAUCAAAUCAAUCGAUCCAUGGUAAUUCUGGUUCAGUUUAUGGCUCCAGUAAAGCAAAUUCAGAGAUGUAUAUUUAUUUUUUGCGUAGUAUUUUCGGUUUACAAGCAAAGAUAUCCCUUUGGCACAAAGUGUACAUGGGCAUUAAAAUGUACAGUAAUUUAGUAAACUGCUGUAGGACCUUAAGAAUUAUAUGGAUUAUAAGCACGAACAUCCAUUAACUCAGGGGCCAAUGUAAUAUUAUUCUCAGUCAGGGCAUAAGUUAGAAAAAAGCCAAAUAUAUUCAAAACAUUCAACAUUUUAUGUGCUAUAAACAAACUUUCAUCAACAUCCAACUUUGAGGAGUUUUUAUUAUCUUGUUUUCUUAAGAAUAUGAAAAGAUAGUUUAAAAGCCACCAAUUGAGACUGAUGCUAAUGUGCAAAGGCAAAAACCUCCAAGGACUCGAGAGAUCCUUGGAGGUCCUACAGAGAUAACUCAGAUUACAGAGAUUCAGAAACAGGACAAACCAGAAGCCCUGUCCUCUAAAAGCUGGAUCCUCUGUAGGCCCAGUCCUUCGCCAUGUGGAUAUAUACAUGAGCUGCGUGCAUAUUUCAAGUAGAAUAUAUUCAAUCUAUCACCACCUAAAUCUGACUGUGACUGAAGUAUGAGGUGCUCCACCAAACCGGUUCUUUCUUAGCACCAGUGGUUUUUAAGUUCCCACCUUGUCUGUCACUGUGGCAUUGAUUUAAUACCAGCUUUCUAAAGACCGUUCACAAACAGAACACAAAACAGUGGCAAUCAAAAUGAUGAAAAAUCAUGGACUGUUUCUCAAUAACAAUGAGGUAUCUGGUGUUAAAAAACACAGUUAACUGAGUCACAACUCAGGAACUUCAUCCUCCAAAACACUGACCCUUCAAGGGAAUUGCCAUCGAAAAGAUUAUUCCUUUCAACGAUUAGUCCUCUCAACGAACAGGUCUAUUUAGUGACAGGUUCUCCGCAUCCAGGGUUUUAAGUCCAAGGUUUGGCAAAGGAGCCUAGGCUUUCAAAGGUCAAAGCCCAGAAAAAGAUGUUACGUUUUAAAGAUGAUUUCUCCAUAAGCCCGGCCCUCUAAAGGUUGGAUCCCCCAAAGGGUCAGUCCAUUGUCAUGUGGCUUUAUCUUUGAGCUGUAUUGCCUUGACAUAGAGAACAUAAGUUACUAUAUAUCACUGCCUAAUUCAUGCUGAGACCUGUGUAUUUUAGGAAAUUAGGGGGUUUCCACAAACUGCUACAACUGCUUUCCAUUUGACAAAUUCUUCAAAGGUCUUGCCCAAAAGAUGAUGCCUGCAAAAGCUGAGCCCUUCUAAAGACGAGUCCAUCAAACAUUGUGCCAAGAAAAUAGCAGACUAUCCAGUUCCACAGUACUAUGAAGAAAAUAUCCCCUGAAGGCAGGCACUCAAAAAAAUAGGUUUUUUGAAAGUUGAUUCCUUAAAAGGUUUGGUUCAGGUAUUUAACCUUCAAAAGACUAGUUCCUCAAAAGAUGAUUCCAGAUCCUCUGAAAAAGGAUUCUUUCAAAGACCCAAUCCUUCAGAUGACAGAUCCUCCAACAGAUAGGUUCCCAACCCAAAGAUAUUUCCAAAAGUUUGGAAGUUUUCUGAAGGAUGGGUCUUUCUUUUUUAAGAUGUCCUGUCUUUGGCAAGUCAGGGAUACCAUAUAUAGAAGGUAGUUGUCUCUAUGCCAGGGAAAAUUUGCUCUACACAUAGAAUAUCCUAAGAUGGCAUUUUAAUUGCAUGAUUAAACGUAAGAAAAUCCAGACUGCAUCAAGCAUCAAAGAGGGCCACCAAUCACAUCGAUGUGAUAGUAACCUGUGUAAUCUAGUAAUAUGGCUUUCAACCAUCUGGAUUAUAUUUGUGUCUGUCCGUGUACGUGUGUGUGUGGGUCAGUGUAUGUGUACAAAUAAUUUGUGUUGAGAUGGUGUAUCUGAACGUGCCAUCUGAACUCAUAGGAAUGUGCCAGGAAGGGCACAUUACUGUCCCCCCUGGUGAGCUAGCCCCUAAGAGGUCAAGAGGGAGGGAUGUCCACCAGUGACCAUGGCUGGCCUGUCACAUUCUCUGGAGCCAUAGCCCACCCAGCAGGAGCCCACCACUAUGGCUGUGAUCCACACAAGGAAGUCCUCCCAGCCUCAAUGGUACUGUCAGAGAUCUCAGGCCACCCUACAUCCCCACCCAACACCAAAUCAGCAUAGGACUGUCACAUGGGCAGGAUAUGGAAAGGAUGUCCAAGGUGCAAUAAAAUUGGGGUUGUGGCUGAGAUGUGUGAGACUCCACUACUUGGUGACUUCAGAGUCUCCCCAAUCGCAAAGCCCUGAGUGUCUGUAGUAUACUAAAACUGAGUUCAAACAUUGUAGAGAGGAAAGCACUCUACCAAUGCUUUCAAGAUCCAUCUUCCCACAAAGAUCCUUCUGAAGUGUGGUAUUGAGAGAAGGUGCUGGUACGAGUCCCAUUGGGAGAUGGGUCCUUCAAAAGAUAUAUCCUCUUACUGACACCCCCUCCAUGAAAUGAGUUAUUAGAAGGACAAAAAGUCAUAACCCUGUCCUGUGAAUAACUGAUCCAACAAACAUUAAGCUCUGUGAGGGGUUGUGUGUCUGAAGACAUUCGAGAGCUAAUAGCCAGUUGUACGUUAAACUGGUGAUUUGCUUUUGGUGCAAAAACUCCUUAGUGGGCUAUGCUUUUAUUUCAUUGUUGAUCGUUUGAUCCCUGGCUCAUCACCCAAAUUUUUUAGUUUGGGUGAUGUCCAUCAACAGCUGUUGGAGAAAUCUGCUUUACUGCACACAUUUUUCUGUCGUCAUACUAAAAUAAACCUUAAGAGGUACAAACAGCAGAAUCUGCUAACUUGGCUGCUUCAAAAGAUAUAUUUUCAGUUUGUAGACUCACCUGCUCAGUGUAGAUUUCCUUCUGCAUGAACUUAUGUGGAUCCGUCCUCAACGUUCAGGUCCACCUGAAGACAUUGUGUUCGGCCUUCAGUCAUGUUUCAUCUUCCUAGUGGAGUCGGCAAACUGCAGACCUCCAGGUACCUUCACUGACAACAUCCCUCCUGAAAACAAAGCUGCCAAACUUCUCUGAAGAAGCCAAAAGUCUCUGUGUGUAUCAGUGGUUUUACGUGUUUCACAUCAUCCUGUUAAUGUUUCAUUGUGUUUUUAACUGCAACAAUCCUGUUUGUUACGUUGUUGGUCAUAUAUGCAGAAGAGUUAUCAAAUAAACUGAAAUAAACUCUUAAGACUCA